GAUUUUGAGUGGUUGGUUUUGAACAUUUACUUGGAAAACUAACUUUAGACUGCAAAAUAGGGAUUUACUAACUUGUUCAAGAACACAAAUAUAACAGAUGUAUGAAUACGGAGAAUGUUGAACAGACUGUUUAUGGAAGUGUUUUUAUUUUCAGUUCUGAUAAAAGUGGUGAUUGGUCACAGGUAAAGGUCUACAAUGAACGGAAAUAUCUAGCACAUUCUCUGAAUGAUGCCAAAACAGCUGUUGAAGAGCUUAACAAGAUCUCUUCUGCAAUUAUUUUAGUAGUCAUCAUUAUAGUGUGGUUGCUGUUGAUGGGAUUUGCUACAACUAAAGUGUUGGUCUUCAUUUCAUCUCAACUUCUACUGGUGGUCUUCAUGUUUGGCAACACAGCCAAAACGGUAUUUGAAGCAAUGGUCUUCGUAUUUGGAACCCACCCGUUUGAUGUUGGCGAUAGAUGCGUUGUCGAUGGGGUGCAGAUGAUUGUUGAAGAGAUGAACAUUUUGACAACAAUCUUCUUGAGAUAUGACAAUCAGAUGAUAUACUAUCCAAAUAGCAUUCUUGCUACUAAACCAAUCACCAACUUUAAUAGAAGUCCACCGUUGGGUGAUUCUGUGGAGUUUUCUGUCGAUUUUUCCACUUCAGUCGAGAGCAUAGCAGCUCUAAAGGCCAAACUAAAAGGGUAUUUGGAGAGCAAGCCUGAACAGUGGCAGCCUAGCCACAGCGUCCAGAUCAAGGAAAUUGAGGAUGUGAACAAGCUCAAGAUGGCUCUCUACGUUACUCAUGCCAUAAACUCAUCAUCAUCGCAGAGAAGCAGCCACAGAUCUGAUCUAGUCCUUGAGCUGAAGAAAAUUUUUGAAGUUCUUCAAAUCAAUUAUCAUCUACUUCCUCAAGAAGUGCAUGUCAGAUAUGUUGGAUCAGAGUUUCCUCCAUCUAACACCUAUUGAACGAUGAUAUAUUCUUCUUCAACAUUCAUUCUUUAAAACUAUAGCAACAAAGUUGCUCGUGGCAUUAUUAGCAUUUGGAAUCAUACAAACGCCCUAUUUUGGAGGGGUUUUUUUUUGGAAGAAAAAUAAUACUGUAGCCAUAUGUACGAACGAGAUAAAAAUAUACCAAUU